AUGCCCACGAUGGGGGGCGCGGCGGAGGAGACCCCGCCCACCAAGCUACGCAAGAAGCCGCGCAACUCCAGGUUCACGCAGCAGAACCUGAAGGCCUGGCGACCCGUGCUGACCCCGGUUAAGGUGGUUCUGGUAUUCAUGGCGGUGGCCCUCGUGCUCAUCCCCGUGGGAGUUGCCUGCCUGACUGCCUCGAUCUCGGUCGUGGAGUAUUCCUCUAGAUAUGACAACGUGCCGGAGUGCACAGACAGGGCGAACGACAAUCGGGAGCGUGAGCAGAAGUUGUACCAGGUUGGAGGCGACGGCUUCUUAUGUAAUGUGUCAAUCAUCGUGGAGGAGGACAUGAAGGCCCCUAUUUUUAUGUACUAUGAACUAGACAGUUUCUUCCAAAAUCAUAGAAGAUACGUUAAGGGGAGAGACGAUGAGCAGCUAAAGGGCAAGAACCGCGCUGCCAGUUCCCUGGAUGACUGUGAACCGCGCCUAUUCCAAAAUGGCAGCAGGGACAAAGUCAUCAACCCUUGUGGGCUCACUGCGUGGUCAUUCUUCAAUGAUACUUUCAGGGCGUUCGAAAGUCAGGCUUCCAAUACUUCGGAGCUGGGGUUGAGGCAGAAGGGUAUUGCAUGGCGGAGUGACGUGGAACACAGAUUCGGGGCUUAUGAACCCCAGAAUUUCAACAACAUUCCGGAGCUCCGUGGUGGUGGCGAGAUUAACGGCCUGGUGCGUGACGACGAGCAUUUCGUUGUUUGGAUGCGGACCGCACCAUUGCCCACCUUUCGAAAGCUCUGGGGAAUCAUCGACAGAGAUGUCCUGCAAGGGUCGACAUUCGUUGUCGAAAUUUCCAACCGGUACAACACGUACCGGUUUGGAGGGAAGAAGUCCAUAAUUUUGUCAACGACCUCGUGGCUGGGAGGGAAGAAUAACUUUCUUGGGUUUGCGUACAUUGUCGCUGGUGGCCUGAGCUUCCUCCUGGGGACGCUGUUCUUUGUGCUCCACCUCAGUUUUCGGCGGCCUCUGGGCUCCGAAGACUACCUUUCGUGGCGCAGGAGUGGGUGA